AGUUGAACGCUUAGCUGAUUCCCGAUCGAUCAUGAAGAACUUAGCAAUGAUCUUGUUCGCCUUCGUGCUGUUGUUGGCAACUUUGGGAGCUGAUGGAAAACGGAUGACCCUGGAGAACAACGAGCGUAAGCUCCUUAGUGAUCAGGCAAGUACUCUGGGUCGAAAGCCUGAUGUUGGAGCUAAAGAUGCCAAAGAUCCAGCUGUAAACAACAAGGGUGCAGCUACUGCUGGAACCGCAGAAAAUAAUGGUGUAGUAGGCCUUGUAGAUGCCCUGCGGGAAGAUGGUUUGCCCGAUACUCUAAGUACCCACCGUCAAUAUAAAACCGCGAACAACCCUUACGUUCCCUCCAAGUCCAAAGAAUAGGAACAAGCGCAAGCAAUGAAACCGAGCUAGCUCUACAACUUAUGUGAAAGCUCAGAAAGUGAUGGAGCUUUUCUAAAUAUGGUGUGCCUAAGAAUAAAAGAGGAAAUUAACAUGUUAGAAUAAGACAAAAGCAUACACUUUACAUAGUAUAUGCAUACUGCUCAUGUUAAGUUUCCUCCCAGGCAAUAAGUUGUAAAAAAAGUGUGUUAGGUUAUGAGCUAUCGUGUAUGUAAUGUAAAUCAAGGUUUUUGUGUA